AUGGGUGAUGAUUUUAGAAGAAAAAUGCUUCUAAGUCAUUUAGGUCGUGCCAAUGAAAUAUUAGGUGGCCCUAGUUCAGAAUACGAAGAAGAAUCAGAGAAUGAUACACUUGGUAGUCUAAGCAACUUUCAAGACAGAUCAACAAAUUCUCAUAGGUCUGCUAUGUCUAUUUUGAAAAUAGAAAAUAAGAAGAAGUUAAACCUUUCAGGGGAUAAUAAUGAGGAAGAUUCUAGAUUACCAUCUUGGAAAGAUUUUUUUGAUAAUAAUGAAAUAGUAGAGCUAAAACAACGAAACUAUCGAUUCAAUACCUAUUUUACUAUACCUUCAAUAGACGAGGAUGAGUUAUUAAAAAUGAAAUCAAUUCCAUUUUUUGUUUUCCAUCAUGGUGCAGGUUCAUCAGGACUAACAUUUGCAAGUUUAGCCAAAAACUUAUAUAAAAGAUUAAAUGGUAAUUGCGGGUCUUUUUCAUUUGAUGCACGAGGUCACUCAAUGACUAAGCCAAUUGAUGAUACUAUAAAGACUGAUUAUAAUAGAGCUUCAUUUAUUGGAGACUUUGUGGCUUUAUUUUCUAGCUUUUUUGAUAAACAUUUAUUAGAUAAAACUAAACUUUUAUCCAAGAUUUCAAUUAUUUUAAUUGGGCAUUCGUUUGGUGGUUCUGUAUGCACUUUUAGUUUUAAGGAGUUUAUGCCAAUGAUUAGAAAAUAUAUCGAAGGUGUAGCUAUGUUUGAUAUUGUUGAAGAAGCAGCAAUAUUGGCUUUAAAAGAAGUGGAUAAAUUUCUCCAAAAAACUCCAAACGUUUUUACCUCAAAUAAAGAUGCAAUCAAUUGGCAUAUUCAGCAUGGACUUUGUAAAUCAAAGCCGUCUGCAGAGAUUUCUGUACCAGCACUAUUUAAGAAAUCAUCAUCUGGUAAAAUAGUUAGAAUUACAAAUUUAAAGAGCUUUGUUCCUUAUUGGGACACUUGGUUCAAAGAUUUAUCAAAAUCAUUUGUUGCUUUACCGACAUCCAAACUAUUAAUCUUGGCUGGUAAUGAUAACUUAGAUAAAGAUUUGAUAGUAGGCCAAAUGCGAGGUAAAUAUCAGCUGGUAGUAUUUCAGGAUUCAGGGCAUUUUAUCCAAGAAGAUACUACUGCUAAAGCCGCCUUAACACUUAUAGAUUUUUGGAAACGAAAUGAUUCAAAAAAUGUUGUUAUUCAAACUAACUGGGGCACACCACCACAGCCAUAA